AUGGCUACCUAUUCACCCUCGCAUCCACAUUACCUCCACGAUGAUAUCGAAUCGUCUGCUGAGCAAUGCGUCAAGCAAGCAGCCGUCUUUUCAUACAACCAGAUGAAAACGGACGGCCAUUGGUGCCUCAGAGUCCGCAGUAGUAUAUCAUUCACAGUACAAUGGCUAUGUAUUCGACGAAUCUUGAGUCCCUCCCUAUUGCCGGAAGAAGUAUCAAAGUUUAGUCGCUUUCUUCUUUCACAACAAAAUCCAUAUGAUGGGUCUUGGGGAUUGGCGCCAGCAGUGUACAAAUGGCCUGGUGACGUCUCUACUUCAACAGAAGCAUAUUUUGGACUGAAAUUGCUGGGAACGCCCAUAAAUUCAGAACCAAUGCUCAAAGCAAAAUCUUUUAUACGAGAAUCCCGUGGUGUGAAUGAUAUUGGGGUUCUUUCAUAG